UCUAAUCUGCCACGUCGGAUCGGAAGGAGCUCUCCCUUUCUCUCUCUCCCUCUCCCCUCCGACGAACCCCGCGCGCACGGCAACGCGGCGGCGUUUCUGCUCGACGGCCGCGCGUAGGAGGAUACGACGACCACGGCGUGUAAUCCCUCGUGGAUGCGAAGAAAUGGAUGAAAAGGAACGUACUAUUGAGGUGUUGACUCUCCGAGUCGGAGAACUCCAGCGAGAACGCGAUGAACUCAGGAAAGAUAUUGAGCAAUUAUGUAUGCAACAAGCUGGGCCUGGCUAUGUUUCUGUUGCAACUCGGAUGCUUUCUCAGAGGAAUGCAGCACUGGAGCAGGAUAUUGAGGACCUUCAGAAAAAGUUAGGUGGAUGCUUAAGAGAGAACCAAAAUUUGCAAGAGGAGCUUGCUGAGGUUUAUCGAGUUAAGAGCAAGCUUGCUGAUUUAUACGGUGCCGAGCUAUCAAAGAACAAGGAACUAGAGCAGCAAGUGAGGUUUUUCCAGAGUAGCGUUGCUCAAGCAUUUGCUGAACGAGAUACUUCUUUGUUGGAGUGUGAGAAAGUGAAGGAGCGAGAAGAAGCAGUCUUAAAAAAGUUUGCUGAAUUUGAGGAAAGGACGAGAGAAUAUCAAUCCGCAAUGGAAGAUCAGAAACAGUUGAACGAUGCCUUGCAAAUGGAGUUGAUGGAACUUAAAGCGCACACUGAAUCUUCCUUGAACGUUAUUCUAAAAUUCUAUGAAGUUCGUUGCAGAGAAUGUGAAUGCCCUUCAAAUAUUAGUUUUGAACAGAAAUGUUCAAUUCUUCUAGAUGAUUCUGCUGACAAUUGGAGUUUCAACUCAGAUGGCGAAACCUCAACUUCGAAGUACAUUGCAUCUCUAGAAGAGGAGAAUGGGUCACUUAAAGCUAAAAUAACCAAGCUGCAAAGCAAUCUAAGAAUGGGUUUUGAAGUUGAACAACAUUUGCAAAGAAAUGCACGGGCAUUACAAAAAAAACAGGCACUCAUUGAUGAUUUUAUGAGAAAUGGACUGUCAGCUCUUCAAAAGUUCUAUACACAUCAAAGGGCUGAAAUUAUGAGAAUAUUGGAAGAAGAAUCAUCUCAGUUGAGCACUGCUGUUAUUGAGAUUCAAGACAAGUUAACUCAAAUUCACAUCAAUACUGAAGUCAUUGAGAACCCUAUUGGAGAGAUGCAAUGCUGUGACAGUAGUUGUAAAGAUGUGCAUGUUAAUAUGGAUACCGGGCCUGGCACCAGCCCCAAGGAUGAUGUUCCUGUUGCUUAUUCUGCAACAUUUGAUGAUUCAAGAGCGCUUGCUCAAGCUUUACAGGAGAAGAUGGAGGCACUUAUGCUUUUCUCACAGGAACAGGAACGAUACAUGCUGGAAAAACAGAAGAAUCAAAUUAUUAUAGAGGACCUUCAGAAGAACUUGUCUCAAGUUAGGGAUGAAAAGGUGAAGGUCCUGAUGGAAUUAGCAAAACUGAAUGAAGCAUAUCUCCUGUUAAAAGGCAGCCCUACAAUGAAGAACAGCCAUGGUACUGUCGAUCCUCCAAAAGCUAUUCCCGGGCAUGACCAACAAGGGAUGCUGAAUACUAUUUUGAAGCGAACAUCUCUAAGACACUGGAUGAGAAAAGAAAACAGCAAUAUUGGGCUUGAGAGCUCUGAUGGAAAUGAUCAUACAGUUCGUAACGAGUGUUCAUUAGAUCUUGCAAGGAUGAAAGUUGAGAAUGCUACCCUUUUGGAAAGUGUUGCUACGAUGGAACGUCUCACUUCUUUGGUCCAUAGGCUGCAUGUUGUGCUUAUGAAGGUAUACGACGAUGUCAAAUCAGCUUGUUCUUUGGAGAGUUCUUUUGAAGCAUUGAACAGUCUUAUAACUGAAGCAAACCUUAUGAAGACAGCUCUCAGUGUUGUUCUUCCAGUAAGCUGGUCAGGGGAUUCAUCAGGUGCUAUCACUUCUGAUGGUCUGCAUGAUCCAUCUGACUCGCCUAAAUCGUCGAAGUCCGAGAAAGUAGAUCCCAUCAGUUCAGCGGGCUUGGAGAUGGUGGAGCUACUUGUAUUAGCCGCCGAUAUCCUCAAAGAGAGUUUUAUGUUGAAGAAGUAAUCAGGGAUGUAAGCACUGUCUGGUUUCUCCAUUAUCUAGCUUAGAAGCAUGCAAUUUGAUCAUUAGAGAAUAGUUUGAUGUAUUAUGUACUUCUAUUGAUUUCUUAGUGUGCGCUACUGCACAUUGUAAAUAUGGGGGUAGGAGAAACUCCUGGAAAAUGUUCGCAGAUUGGGGCUUUGAUGUGUGAUGUAGCUUCGGUUGUUCAACCUGAUGGUUUUGCAUGUCAAAGACAGUUAGCCUUUUCCCCUCGUCACAAUUUUGUGUUGAUCAUUUGCCUUCU